AUACUAGGCACAAAAUAUGCUGUAGUCAGAUAGAUUCUGUGUGAAUCAAAGUGGAAACGCGAAUUUUAUUGCAGUUUCAAACAGGAACAGCGACACUACACGCGCGAACGGACAAUACUAGUUUAUUGAUACGCAAUUUUCAUUCAUUUGUAAUUAUAAUUUGUGCUUUAUCAUUACUCAAAGAAAAGUGUAAUCCAUCUCGCACUGUAACGAGUUCUCUCGGUCGUUACCAAAAUGUGUAAUAUUUCAUGUGCGGAAUAUCUUAAUAAAUAAGUUUUAUUAACAAAACAGUGUAUGUACGUACAAUAUGACACGCAUGAACAAAAACUAACGAUGAAGUUUAUAUAUGUUGAUAUCCCAAUUUUGAUUGGAGAGCUGAUGUAUUCUAAAAAAGCAUGCAUUUUCACAUGCAUAUUAUAAACAUUAACAUUGAAUUAUUUCUUUUUUGAAUGGUUCUACUACUCCGGAGGUUGAAUACAAUGUUGACCAUAGGCGCGAAUUAAUUGCCGAUGAAAUUAUCGUUGUAUUUUCGUCGGUCUAAUCAUGGAGGUGAUGGACUAAUCAUGGACUCACAGGUCCAUGGGUCUAAUAAACUUUCGCCGCCAUUAUAUAUAAUGUUAGGUAUACGUGGUCUCUGGUAGUGAUAUUGCGUUAGUAAACGAUAAUGAAACUACGGUGUAAUAUACGGAGAACGUAAUUUAAAAAUGGAUUGUUAACGUGGCCAAGUUUCUGUAACAUUUUUUUAUCUUAUUAAAUCUUUCGUUGCUCGGAACAAAUUGACAGAGUCGUGGACAGUCAUUUGACAAUUAAACUGCGCGGCCACGAUUAUUAAAUCUUAUAAUCCUUUUGUUUUAUUAAAAAUUGUAAGUCUCAUGUAAACAGUACGCGGAUUUUAUGUGUCAUCUGAUUUAAUGAUCCUUAUUACAUAAUAUUUGUGCACAAGGGAAUGCUAUGCCCAAAAAAACGUGGAUGAAAUUUGUUCGAGUUCGUGUUACAAGUGGUGUCUUUCGAAAAUGACUGACUUUUCUUCGUCCUCUACUUUUAUGAGUUUAUCAACCACAAGUGUAUUGGAGGAUCGAAGGAUUAUUUUUCCAUUGGCUUUUAGCAAUGGUAUCAAUGUGGACUUGGUCUGCAGGCUAUGAUAUAAUAGAAGAAGGUGAUGACAUACAACAAAUUAUUAGUGAAAGAACAUUAGUUUUGGCAAAUCAUCAAAGCACAGGUGAUGUUCCUCUAUUAAUGACAACAUUUAAUGCCAAACCAAAUGUGUUACCCAAUUUGAUGUGGAUUAUGGAUAGGAUUUUUAAAUUUACUAAUUUCGGUGUAGUUUCUGUUUUACAUCAGGAUUUCUUCAUUGUAUCCGGACGUAAGAAACGAGAAGAAAGUUUAAGGCAGUUAGAAAAGCAUAUAAAAGAGAAAUAUAUUCCACUGAACAGAAAAUGGAUGGUACUUUUUCCUGAAGGAGGUUUUUUAUGCAAGAGGCGAGAGACCUCACAGAAAUAUGCUAAGAAGAAUAAUUUGCCAAUCCUUGAAAAUGUAACAUUACCAAGAGUGGGAGCAUUGCAAACUAUAUUUGAUACAAUUGGUCCGUCACAAGAGAACAGUACAUCCGAACAAGAAUCAAACAAUGGACCAAACAUGGCGGUAGCUAAACCACAAAUCAAUUGGAUUCUUGAUAUAACAAUAGCAUAUCCCGAAGGUAAACCAUUGGAUUUACCAACAAUUAUAACUGGUUCACGUCCGCCAUGUGAAACAGUUUUGUUUUAUCGAAUCUAUCCUAGUUCAGCGGUUCCACGUGAACCAGAACUAUUAUCUAAAUGGUUAUAUGAUAGGUGGGCUGAAAAAGAAGCGCUUUUGGAAAACUUUUACAAGCAUGGAACAUUUCUUGGCACACAAGCGCCUGCCAAUGAAGGUUCCAAGGUCCAACAGGAUCCAUUGAGAUUCCUAGUCCUUCAUUUAUUUUUUAUAACAUCUAGUUAUAUACAUUAUAAUAUGUUUGCGUACGUGCUGUCUUGCUUCUGGUAAAGCGUUUUUUGCUAUACGAGAAAUUCAGUUCAAACAAGUAAAAUUAUGAAGUAGUAAAGUAAAAAAUAUUCCUGCCUCAGAUGUUAUUCUUGAUGUUAACUAACAAACAAAACUAAUGAGUGUAUGGAUUGUCAGUUCGAAUUGAAUGUUUGUAAUUGAAUUACAUUGGACACGGUGAAUUGAAAUUAUUAAUUAUAUUGCCAUAAAGAUUUAUUUGUCACCAUUUGCCUACUUUUAUUAAUUGUAUAAAUAUCAGUUAAAACAUUUUUAUUACAAUGUAAUAUGAACGAUAAGAUAAUUGAAAAACUUGUUUGCCGAGACUUUUCUAUGCUUAUACUUCAAGACUUGAUUCAUGACAUUAAUUUAUAGUACAGGCGAACACGGUAUUAAUCACUAAGGUAAUCGCAGAUCCAAUUGAUUGGUAGCUAAUAAUUCAAGUUGAUUCAAAUCAUGUUUGACUUUGAGACGAAAAUACAUAUUUAAAAUAUUUUGAAUCAAACACAACUUUACUUUAAAAAUCGUUCUGGCUCUUUAUAGAAAAUUCACUAUAAAAAAUACAUUACUGUCGAUAUCCAUAUUACUUAGAAGAGAAAGUAAUUUAAUGUUUGUUGAUUCAUUUAGAAUAUCUAAUGCUACCACUUGCAUGAUAGUUUGAACAACUCCAAUCACUCAUAAAUGUUAUUUUUCUUUUAUUACAAACAUGUAAAAAUGUGUUGAUACUUGAUUAUCUGUCUGGAGGACUUGGCAGCAUUUCAGGCAACUUGUAUAGUAUAUCCUGCAUGUGUGUUUUUGUAAUACAACAAAUUAAAUAGACAUUUUUAAAAUGAGGUCGUAAGAUGUAGCAAGCAAAUUGUUACUGCUGUUUAGAAGUAUUGGUAGUGAAUAACAUUUCAAAGGAUAUCCAUUUAUUUAUGAUAAUGAUAAAAAAAGAAAAAAACAUAUUUUUUAAUGCGAAGUCAAUCAUAUAAAACAUAAUUUUUUAAACCACGUACUAGAAGAUUUAUAUAAGUUCAUAACUUUAUGAGAAAAGAACUUAGGUAUGAAAUUCGAUACAAAUUGUUUGGGAAAUAAAGAUGAUAUCUUGGAAAAUUCGUCAGAAUAAGUGAGAUGCGUAUUUCAUUAAUAAAUUUUAACCAAUAAUAAUGCUAUUCAGUAAAGAAAAAGAAGACGAUACGUCAGCCGUGCCUUGUUCCUGCGGACAAAACCUCAGUGUUAAAUUGUAUAUACGGAUAUGUAUGCAACACUCGUGCAUAAUUUUCAUAGUUAAAUCAACGCCUACAAUUAGUUUCUAAGAUAUUCAUGAUACAUCACGUUACGGGAAAAAAAAGGAAAACAUAAUUACUUACAUCUAGGAGUUACUAAAGACAUGUUCUCAAUGCUGCCUAAUUGGUUAUUGUAAAGUAAAAAAAGUACAGCCCAAAUCGAAAGCAAUUUCUAGACUGAUCAAUUAAAGGAAUAAUUAGUCGAUGCACAGCACACAUACAUGAAAUAAAAUCCAUCGUUAUGCUGUAGCGAUUAAAUUUCUGUUGUCAUAUUUAUCACAUUUUUGAACAAGAAGAAUCAUAAAGAUAUAUGAAUUUUAUGGCAAGGUGUAAUUCUGUAAUAAAUCUAAUGUGAUCGUUGCUGAUAUCAAAUGAUAGAGACAUAGGUAUCAUCUAUCUACAUAUGUAGAGUAUGUAUUAAGUUUCUGUUAUAUAGGCACGGAUGUUCCGAUUAUAUAAAAGAGAAUACAAUGUCAUUCGAGUCUUUGUACGUAUGUUUGUUGCAUUUCUUUGCAUUCCAUUGCAUUUAACACAACAAAUGUAACAAAUGAAUACAUUCAGAACGUAUGCAAUCUAUUAUAUCGAUAUAAGACAUGAUUACGAACGAAAGGACACUGAAUCAAAAAGAAUUUAUUAUGUUUUGUAUUUAAUAAAUUCUUAUUCAUCAAGUUUAUUGUAAGUCCGUUUUUAGUUCAUAAGAUGAUUUGCUGUUAUUGUUUUAUUUAAGUGAAUACUUCACGCCCCGACAAAAUAAUGUUUCUAGUCUUGAUUGCAAACUUUAGAAACGGUAAACAUAAUAUUCCAAAUUGUACAUACGUCAUCAAUUGUAUUAUAAGGAAUUCUUCGAAUGAAAUUCAUGUCUCGCAUUUAUGAACAUUGCACACAUCAAAUUUAAAGGUACUCGAGUAAAAGCUUGACUAUAUCACUAAUCAAAAUAAAAGCAUACGAUAUCGACAUUAAGAUUUUGCGAAUUACUUAAUGUAACAUAAAAAGGAUUCUGUUUAUGUACAAGAGUAUUCGAAACAGAAUGAUGUAACAUAAUGCUAAAUUGCAUAAUUAACUUUGUUAUAAGGGUCAAUAUUUUCGUGAUAUUUAGCUACAUUAGAUUUAAAACACACGUGGUACAAUAGAAUUUAAUAAAGUCAAGUUUCAUCAAUAAUAUGCAACGAUUUAAUCAAAGGGAAAGAGCAGCGCCAGAUGUAUUAGAACCAAACAUAAUUUAUUACUUUAUAAUUAUUGUACUGAGCAUUUGUUUUUAUAUUCUGUAUGAAUUACGAAGCAUACUGUUAAAAUUUGACACAUUUUAUACAGUACACUUUUCGACAGAAUAUCAGUAAUGCAAAUUUAGAUAGACUGAAGAUUUGUUGCUGGUUGUGCGUUAAUUUACUUCGUUCUUAGCGCUUUUAUAAAAAUAUUUGUACAUAUAAGCGGCAGUAUAUUAUAAAUGCUUAUUAUAAACAAACCAAUAAUUAUAUUGCUGUUAGUAUUGAGACAUAUGUCUUUAUUACAUAUAUUUGAAUGGCUUGAUGGCUUGUGUCAUAUUUAAAGCAUCGUAUACAUAUAUAUUCCUUUAUAAAUAGUAUUUAUUAAACGCAUUGCUAUAAAAACGGUGGAUGAAAUACUAUGAAAUCCUACUGAUAUUUGCAACGUUAGUGUUCUGUAUGAAAGGUGCUCUAAAACUUUUAUUUUAUACACAACUGUGCACAUCGUGAAUGACAUUUUUUGAAUGUACGAAAAUGUACGUAUAACGAACAAAAGUUCAACUAUUUUUCCAGAGAUAAAUUAUUGUAACCAAUAAUCUUUUAAUAUCUGCGAGGAAAAUACGUAAUGCUCAAAGGAGAUAAGAAAACGAAAAAUUGUAGAUCAUUCUUUUGUGCAACGCACGAGGCAAACAUGUUAACACUUUAUAUUUUACCGUAGAACUGUUUGCACAACUCGACAUAUUUUUUAACUGCAUCUUAGGCAUGACGUAUUGAUGUUCACGAGUAUUAUAUGAAAAAAAAUUGUAAAAAAAUAAUUUAGUAUAAGUUCUCCAAACUUUACAGGAAAAUAUCCCUUGCUUGUAUUCUUUUCUUAUGAAAACUUUAAUAAAAUUGUUGUUUUCAAAUUA